ACGAGUGUGUGUCCUGGGACGGGGGAGUCCCUUUCCCCGCCCCUCCCCGCCCCGUGGCCACGGCGUGGCUGAGCCCGGGGCGGAGCUGGCGUCUCCUCGCGGACGGGCGGCGGGACGGCGGCCGCAGCCCGGGGCAGACAGGCGGACAGUCACGGAGCCCGGCCCGGCGGGAUCACCCGCAGUAGGACGACCUAGCGCGCUGCGGUGCGGCGGCGCCGACUGAGACCGGAGCUGUCCACCUUGGCGGAGCGCGGCAUCUCCAGGUCCCUGGGUCUGGACAUCCAGCUCUACUAGGCCUGGCCAUGGCAUUGUGCCUGAAGCAGGUAUUUGCCAAGGACAAGACUUUCCGGCCCCGGAAGCGCUUUGAGCCCGGCACACAACGCUUUGAGCUCUAUAAGAAGGCACAAGCCUCACUCAAGUCUGGCCUGGACCUUCGCAGUGUGGUGAGGCUGCCACCUGGCGAAAGCAUCGAUGACUGGAUCGCUGUGCACGUGGUGGACUUCUUCAACCGCAUCAACCUCAUCUAUGGCACCAUGGCUGAGCACUGCAGUGAGACCAGCUGCCCAGUCAUGGCGGGCGGGCCUCGCUAUGAGUACCGCUGGCAGGAUGAGCGCCAGUACCGAAGGCCUGCCAAGCUCUCGGCGCCCCGUUAUAUGGCAUUGCUCAUGGACUGGAUCGAAGGUCUCAUCAAUGAUGAGGAUGUCUUUCCGACACGUGUUGGAGUUCCCUUCCCCAAGAACUUCCAGCAGGUCUGCACCAAGAUCCUGACCCGCCUCUUCCGAGUCUUUGUCCACGUCUACAUCCACCACUUCGACAGCAUCCUCAGCAUGGGGGCAGAGGCACAUGUCAACACCUGCUAUAAGCACUUUUACUACUUCAUCCAGGAGUUCAGCCUGGUGGACCAGAGGGAGCUAGAGCCACUGAGGGAGAUGACAGAACGGAUCUGCCACUGAGUCCAGAUCUAGAUGUUGUUGCCUAUCAACUGGACCGUCGGACACAGUGUAGCUGGGAGAGGGGACCCUUAGCCUGUCGGUAGAGCAAUCUGAAGGCCUGUAGGACCCCUCUACAUACCCAACACCUCUGGACUUCUCAGAAGUCCGCCUGGAGAAGGGAGGGCUUCAAAGUGGGCAACUGAAGCAAAGGAGUUUAGCCCCUCACAUUCAGUCCAAGAGUAGGGUAGGCUUCCAGGUUCCUGCUCUGAUAUUUCACCCUUUCACCCUACCAUGGUGGGUCCCAAAUCUAUUUGGGGAAUAUGGAUGUGGCUGAACUGGUGGCAAGAAAAUUGUGAGAGUGAGUGCCUGUAUCUGAGCAAGCGGGUAGGUGUGUGUGCGCGCGAGGGGUGGGGGUUUGAUUGUGGGAUUUGUCUGAGAGAUUCAGGUCCUUUCUGGCACAUAG